CCUCCGCACGCAACGGGGAGGCGACAGGCGGAGGAAGGGAAGCUCUCCGGCUUCCUCAGCCGCGAAGAUGAAGGCGAGACUUUGCCUCCUGACACAGAGGGCUGCGAGCCCGCCCGCCACCCCGCUUCCCUCCCAGCAGCUCCUCUGCUAAAACUUUUGGCCCGAGCCAUAAAAGCAUCCGCGGCUGAGCCGCUCCACUUGGCUUGGGACCAAGGGCAGCUGGCAAAUAGCUGGGACCCCUCAAGCCAAGGGAAGGGCCAGGCAGCGGCGAUUUGUCAGUGGGGCUAACUGCGGCACGCCCGCACCGCACCGCGCUGCGCGCCGCGGAUGCUGGUGGAUUUAAAGGCGCGAGUACCAAAGCCAGGCGCGGCUGCUCCGGCUCCCGCUAAGCCUCGGGGGACCGGGCCGUCCUCCCUGCGCUCUCCGAGCCGCUCGCAUCCGCUCUCGGCAGCAGGUCGCCCCGGGCCGCCCACCCGCUCCGCAGCGGCUCGCCGCUGUCGGCCGAGCAGCCGGGCGGCACCGCAGCCCGCUCGCCCGCGCUCAGCGGGGCUGCGCUAGGCAGGUGGCUGCCUGCGGGGCGAGCUCCGAAGGGUUAAAACGCUGGGAAGGUGAUAACUCUAUGCUGGGAUCGGGUGCAACUGGCAUUUGCCUGCACAUGACCUGCCAAGCUCCGGGUGACAGGAACCUGGGCUCCUAAUGAGUUUCCCACAGUCUGAGAUCUGAACGUCGCUGCUGCUGCUGCGCUCUCCUCCCUGGGGCUGCCUGUUACCGCUGCCGCAGGCUGCUCGGCUCCCCUCCAUCCUCCCCGAGGUCUCUGAUGGAAGCAGCGUACAACAGGACCCAGGCGGGUGCUAGGAGCACCGGGAGCGCACGCCGACUCCUGGCGCCCGCGGCGCUGCCGGCGCUCCGCUCCGCCGCGCCAGCGCAUCCCGGAGCCCUCGGGGCGCGGGGCCCUGCUCCUCCGGCGGGCGACAGGGAGCCUCCUAGCCCCUCCGCAGAGGCGCUGCCCGCUGACCUUUCCCUUUGCCUUGCAGCAUGGCCCUCGAGAGGCUGGGGGAAGCCCUGCGCAGCAUCCCCCCCUUGCAAAGCUCCCUGCUGCUCCUUCUCUCCCUGCUCGCCGCCAUCCACCUGGGCAAGCUCCUCCUGCAGCGGCAGCGGUGGCGGCGGCAGGGCCAGCGCCAGGCGCCGCCGGGCCCCUUCCCCUGGCCGCUGAUCGGCAACGCGGCGCAGCUGGGCAGCGCGCCGCACCUCUCCUUCGCCCGCCUGGCCAGCACCUACGGCGCCGUCUUCCAGCUGCGCCUGGGGCGCUGGCCCGUGGUGGUGCUGAACGGGGAGCGCGCCAUCCGGCAGGCGCUCGUCCGCCAGGGGACCGCCUUCGCGGGCCGCCCGCCCUUCCCCUCCUUCCAGCUGGUGUCGGGCGGGCGCAGCCUGGCCUUCGGCGGCUACUCGGAGCUGUGGAAGCUGCACCGGCGGGCGGCGCACGCCACGGUGCGCGCCUUCUCCACGGGCAGCCCCGCCACCCGCCGCUUGCUGGAGCGGCACCUGGUGGGCGAGGCGCGGGCGCUGGUGGCGCUGCUGGUGCGCGGCAGCACCGGCGGCGCCUUCCUCGACCCCUCGCGCGUCCUGGUGGUGGCCGUGGCCAACGUGAUGAGCGCCCUGUGCUUCGGCCGCCGCUACAGCCACGGCGACGGCGAGUUCCUGCGCCUCGUGGGGCGCAACGAGCAGUUCGGACGCGCCGUGGGCGCCGGCAGCCUGGUAGACGCGCUGCCCUGGCUGCAGCGCUUCCCCAGCCCCGUGCGCGCCGCCUACCGCGCCUUCCGCGACCUCAACCGCGACUUCUACGGCUUCGUGCGCGGCAAGUUCCUGCAGCACCAGCGCAGCCUGCGCCCGGGGGCCGCGCCCCGCGACAUGAUGGACGCCUUCAUCCGCCUCCAGCGGGAGCAGCCGCGGCUGCAGCUCGAGCACGUGCCCGCCACCGUCACCGACAUCUUCGGCGCCAGCCAGGACACCCUCUCCACCGCCCUGCAGUGGCUCGUCAUCUUCCUCAUCAGGUAUCCAAAAGUGCAGGCUAAAAUGCAAGAAGAAGUGGAUAGGAUUGUUGGAAGAGACCGUCUGCCAUGUGCUGAAGAUCAACCUCAUUUGCACUACGUCAUGGCUUUCUUGUAUGAAUCCAUGCGUUUCAGCAGCUUUGUGCCUGUUACUAUCCCACAUGCCACCACAACCAACACCUUCAUAAUGGGCUACCUCAUUCCCAAAGACACAGUGAUAUUUAUUAAUCAAUGGUCAGUGAAUCACGAUCCAGCAAAAUGGUCCAACCCAGAGGAUUUUGACCCAACGAGAUUCCUGGAUGAGAAUGGAUUCAUUAACAAAGAUCUUACUAGUAGCGUGAUGAUAUUCUCAUUGGGAAAACGUCGGUGUAUUGGAGAGGAGUUAUCAAAGAUGCAGCUGUUUCUCUUUACCUCCAUACUGGUGCAUCAGUGCAAUUUUACUGCUAAUCCAAAUGAGGACCCUAAAAUGGACUUUACUUAUGGGUUGACCAUUAAACCUAAGCCAUUUACCGUGAAUGUCACACUUAGAGAUACUAUGGAUUUGCUUGAUAAGGCUGUCCAAAAACUGCAAGCGGAGAAAACAGCCAAUGAAAAUCACCCAUCCGCAAAUACCUAAGCACAGAAUCUUGCAUCUAAAGAUAUUCCCUCUCUCUUUUUAGACUUAAAUAACUUAUAGUUUGUUCUGGUGAUCUUUUUGCAAAAUAGACGACAUAACAAGAUACAAGAGCAGCAAAGAAAACUGCGCAAGUCAUAAUUCAGUCUUCUUUUUUAAUUCUAGAGGCAGAGCCAAGAGAACCAUUUAAUAUAUUAAAUUACAAAACAUAUGCAAAAAUAUGCAAUUUGAAAGUAAGCUUUUUCUUUUCUAGCAUGUUCACAGAAGUUGUAAUUGUAAAGCGCUUUUUGUCUACUGACUAGUUAGAGCAUCUUCAGGAACUGUUUGUACAAUCCUUUCCAUGUCUCCAUGCUCUAUGCCUUAAGUCUAAGCUCGUCUUCAGUGAUUCCACAUUCCAAAGUGAAAUCUCAUAUUCCAAAAAAACAAAACAAAACAAAACAAAACCCCACACCUACACUCAGAACAUUGUAGCCUCCCUCUGAGUUCGCUCUUCUGGAAACUGCCAUAGGCAUAUGGCAGGUCCUGUGUUGUGACUGCUGGAGUGUACAUUAAUGCCUCCAUAAAAAACUUUCAAAUAUUUUUGAUAAAAUGCCAAUGUAAAGUCUUGCCUUUAACAUGCCAGAGUGUUUACACAUAUGACUAAAAAAAAUAGAUUUGCUUAUGAGCACAACAUUUUUAAAUUUCAUAUUCUAUGUGAGAACAGUGUGUCCUAAUCCAGUCACUUUCAAUAUGUUUUGAAAGGAAAGAUCAGAAUUGGUAUGUCACCAGUUUUCUCCAGUAAAAACAUACAUCCCCACCCCUAGGCACAUAGUAAGUCCAGUUAAAAUUCAAAUGGGCCAGGAUUUGCAGAAGUGAGAAUCUGGCGGCGGGGGGGGUAUAUUGAAACUUCUGUGCCACGUGCCUCAAAUAAUGCACACAGCAAAAACAAUUCUGCUCACUAGUCAUUCUGUUAGAUUGAGUUAAAUGGUGUAGCCGAACAUUAAUUAUGUACUUUUAGUAUGAUUUGUUUAGAACAAAGUCACAGAACAAAAACUAACGUUACAUAUCCUGAUUAAUGUACUGGUUAACUAAAGAAAAAGUACUUUUAAAACUUUCAUAAGGUAAAGAACAUCAGGUUAAAAAAAUAAAACUAUUAUUUUAAAGUAAAAUAUACACAUGAAACCUUAUGGCCUUGAAUCUCUGGCUAAUGUUUGUGCAUGCAAAGCAGCAUAUAUUUCUCUAAAAUGUGAACCCUCAUAUGUACAUAUCUGAUUUUGAAAAGUGUUGGGCAUUUCUGAGGAGCUACUGAUCACCCUCAACUACAUAUGAAACCUGUCAGAAAUAAGAGUACCUCACAUGCAGCUUGCUGUGCUCAUCUUCGCACAAAAUAAGGCCUUAGCAGACCUAGAAAAUAAGGGCACAAUCCUACAAUCUAAAGUAGCUCUGCUGAGACCUAAGCAAGUAAAGAUUUGCAGAACCGGGUCUUCUGAUAUGUGGCCAGGCAUAAUCAUGUUGACAACAGUGACAGAAUUCAUACCGACAUUGAUAGGAGCUAGAUUAAUGGCACAAUCCUCAUCUUCUUGAAAUAAGUAGAAACUUUGCUACUGAUUUCCAUAAGAACCUGAAUCAAGUCUAAAAGUACCCCUCCCUAACCACGCGUAGUGUUAAUGUACUUGUUUAAUGUCUCCAACUUCAUAUAGCAUCUAUUCUCUUUUUCAAAGCUAAAAAAGCUUUGUUGCCUACACAAGGAGUAACCUCAGGUGUUCUUCUGAAUUACGUAUAAAUCUGUGAUAUCCCAGAACUUAGCCCUAUACCUGUGAAAAGCUUUAUAAGAUAUCCAGCAUUUUCAUAUGGAGAUCUACAUUAGAUCAAACGCUAGCAAGACAUUUUUCCUUGUACCUUUGUAAGUAUCAUUGAAAAAAUAUAAAGAAUAUAACCUACAACUGAAUAGUUAUUCUAACUCAAGGAUCAGUUUUAUAUUUCAACAAAAAAGGCUUUUGCAAUUUUGUACUCUCCUUAAAGCUUUAAGUAUGCAUUGGUUACUAAUGCAAUUUUCAUUCACACUGCUGAUGUGGUUUUGUUGAUGUGUGAUGUCUGUCAGUGGGUCUCACACACUACAUAGCUGCUGGUGAAAUAAUGCCUCAUGUAAUCUGUAAAGUUAUUCAAAUUUAGUAACAUCCAUUUAGAAUGUAUGCAGUUGUUCAAUGAGAUAACUUUUGUGAUUAUUUUGAGACAGAUCAUUGUUACCAAAAUACUAAAUAAAAUUAUUCUUGUACUGCC